AACAAGUUCAGUGGAGUGGAGAGGAGAGUUAGAAGUAGAAAACAAGAAUGGGAUAAAUCCACUUAACGAUUCGGGCAUGAGGCUUUUGAUUAAUGAAGAGCAGGUUUUAACGGCAAGAGGGUGCAGUGGAGAUAGGUGAACACAGACUUAGAAUUAGAACGGGAGAGCCUUAAAGUUUUACAUUUUAUGCACUGCCAAUCUGUAUUUCUGUGAAUUCCACAAUUAAAGCUUCGAGUCAUGGAUCAACUUCUGUCUGUGAAGGUUGGGUGCUUAGUGGCUCUUCUCUUUAUCACCUUGAUCUGUGGCUUGGCACCACCAUUUGCCAGCUGGUUCCUGAAAAGUAGUGUCAAAGAAUCCUACCAACUCGUUGUUUGCCUUAUCAGUUCAUUUGCAGCCGGCAUAUUCCUGGGAGCCUGUUUGCUUCAUGUCGUUGCUGACUCCCUCACAGACAUCGCAAGUGAGCUUUCAUAUAUCAACUAUCCUAUGGGAGAACUGAUCUUGUCUUUGGGCUUCUUCUUGGUUCUUUUCAUUGAACGAUUUGUCUUAUAUUGUUGUAAUAAUCACAAAAGCCCGUCCCAUGAUGUGAUGCCACUGCCAGAAAUGCCAUCCACGCCUACCACCGACUACCAAGAAAAGCAGGACAUGUCAUCAGAGAUAAAUGUCACUGUGCAGGAGGAGCCACAUAACCACAUCCACCCUAAUAUAUACUCCCAUGCCUCCUUUCGUUCCCUUAUUCUUUUCUGCUCGCUCUCCAUUCAUUCGGUUUUUGAAGGUCUGGCCAUUGGACUUCAGUCCAGCUAUUCUAGUGCCUUAGAGAUCAGCAUUGCAGUACUUAUACACAAGGGCAUUAUCGUUUUCAGCCUGUCACUUAAACUGCUUCAGAGUCUGACCCAACGAACGUGGCUAGUGGUAUACAUUGUGGUGUUUUCACUGAUGUCUCCUAUUGGCAUCACAAUUGGCAUUAUUGUUACAUUAGAGAAGUCUGCCAUCGUAACUAUGGUGCAAGCCAUCUUAGGGGGCAUUGCCUCAGGGACAUUUGUGUAUGUCACAUUCCUGGAAAUUCUACCACAAGAACUCAACACAUCAGACAAGCCACUACUGAAGGUUCUUUUCAUUGUCAUUGGUUUCACUGUUAUGGCAGUCGUAGCUAUCUGGGCCUGAU